GGGGGAGUUCUGUUAUUGCCGUGGUGGUGGGGAGGCGACCACUCACCAAAUCACCGACCAACUGGGACCCCCAAAACAUUGUGAGGAAAAAAAGGAUUGAAGGAAAUAGAAAAAAUAUAAUAACAAGGGAUUAACUGUCGGCUUCAACGGAGCAAUCAGGGAGUUCGUUGAAAACGGCACCAAAAAACACCCAGAUUCUCUCUCUCUCUCUCUCUCUCUCUCUCUCUCUCUGCCUCUCUCUCUCUGCCUCUCUCUGUCUCUCUCUGUGUGUGCUAAGUUGCUGGUCGAAGUGGACAGCUGUUCAAAAACAAGGGAAGAGGGAUGGAGGAAAAAAACAGUGAAAUAAAAAACAGCCCUUGGGUAAAAGACUCAUUCUACAUCCUCUUGUUUUCUAAAGCCACCAUAAUAUAAUGAGAGAGAGGUGCAUCGCUGAACGAGUGCAGCAUGCAUCAGCACUGAGGCAGAACGAAGGAAGGAGCGGCGUGUGAGAGAGACGGUGACAGCCUGUGAUAGAGGGAUGAGGGAGGAGUGCAAGGGAGAGAGAGCAGAACUGGAAGGUCAUUACCACUAGGCGAGACAGAAAUUAACAGGGAUCUGUCACCCUUUGACACCUACUCUCUUAAAGGCUACCUUCAACACAAAUCAACAAAAGAACUGAUACCUGCUGCAUUCGCAUAUAGGAAACCCCUCCACAGAACCUGACUCAACCAGCCAAUGCAUUCCCAGAGGAAUGGCCUAUGUCCAUUGUGAAGAGGACACUCGUACCUUGUUCCUAUCCUUCUAAAUGUACCUAACCAAAGAACUUGGUCACUUGUUAUGACUGUCUGACCACAACAUCCUCUUUUGACUGCGACCCAAACCAGGAAUUGGCCUCUGUCUACAGAAAGGAAGAAGGGAAUAUCUUUGACCAGCCGCUGCUAAGAGGAAUAGCCUCAUCUGUUGUUCACGAGAACACACACUGGAUUGGUGAAUGUGUCUCAAACCAAGACGGACUAGGUGUACUAAAGAGACAUCCCUAUUCCCAAUAAUCCCUACACUGUACUACAAACAGGAAUAUCUGUAUCGGUUGACGUAAACACAUACUGGAGGGGUAGGCUGAGGCAAUUGGAGAGCUGACAGACAGAUUGACCGUCAGACAGGCGGCAUUUGAUCUCAACAUGGGAGAGACAGCCGAGUACCAGCGACUGUCCAGCGAUGACGAGGAGAAGCUAGGCAGUAAUAUGCAGUCGGAGGAGGGCACAGAAUGGCUCCUGGAGCUGCUGAUGGAGGUGCAGCUGCAGCAGUACUUCCUGCGUAUCCGCGACGACCUCAACGUGACGCGACUCUCCCACUUCGACUACGUCAAGAACGAGGACCUGGAGAAGGUCGGCAUGGGGCGGCCCGGGCAGAGACGGCUGUGGGAGGCGGUCAAGAGGAGGAAAGCCAUGUGCAAGCGGAAGUCCUGGAUGAGCAAGGUGUUCAGUGUGAAGCGUCCGGAUGGCGGGGACUUCCAGCAGGCGGCGCCCACCACCUCCUUCCGCAAGCUGUCCCCCACGCCACCCCCAGCGGUUGAGGGGGGUCCUCAGUCCCUGUCCCAGCCCCCCCAGCACCAGGCCCUCACCUGUCUGAUCAGCGAGAAGGACCUUGCUCUCUUCGAGAAGCUCGGCGACGGCUCCUUCGGGGUGGUCAAGAGGGGCGAGUGGUUCACGCCCGCCGGGAAAGUGUUGACUGUAGCGGUCAAGUGUCUGAAGACAGACAUGCUGAGCCAGCCGGAGGCGUUGGACGACUUCAUCUGCGAGGUCAAUGCCAUGCACUCCCUGGACCACCAGAACCUCAUCAGGCUGUACGGAGUGGUGCUCACACAACCCAUGAAGAUGGUGACCGAACUAGCCCCGCUUGGCUCCCUCCUGGAGCGCCUGCGCUGCGUUCGGCCGCAGGGCCCCAUCCUCAUCCACAUGCUGUGCCAGUACGCCGUGCAGGUGGCGUGCGGCAUGGCCUACCUAGAGCAGCGGCGCUUCAUCCACCGUGACCUGGCCGCCCGCAACAUCCUGCUGGCGUCGGCUCAGAGGGUAAAGAUUGGCGACUUCGGUCUGAUGCGGGCGCUGCCCAACAACCACGAACACUACGUCAUGCAGGAGCACCGCAAGGUGCCGUUCGCGUGGUGUGCCCCGGAGAGCCUGAAGACGCGGACAUUCUCCCACGCCACAGACACCUGGAUGUUCGGGGUGACGCUGUGGGAGAUGUAUACCCACGGACAGGAGCCCUGGCUGGGCCUCAAUGGCAGCCAGAUCUUACACAAGAUUGACAAGGGGGGUGAGCGUCUACCCAAGCCAGAGGACUGUCCGCAGGACAUCUACAACGUCAUGCUGCAGUGCUGGGCCCAGAAACCUGAUGACAGGCCCACCUUUGUCGCCCUCAGGGAGUUCCUGCUCGAGACCAUGCCAACAGACAUGUGCGCGCUGCAGGACUUUGAAGAGUCCGACAAGCUUCAGAUUCAGGUCAAUGACGUGAUCACCAUCAUUGAGGGCAGAGCGGAGAACUACUGGUGGCGGGGCCAGAACAAGCGCACGCUGAAGUUGGGCCAGUUCCCCAGGAACGUGGUGACCUCAGUUGCAGGCCUGUCGGCCCAUGACAUCAGCAGACCCCUCAAACACAGCUUCAUCCACACAGGCCAUGGAGACACAGACCCACACCGCUGCUGGGGCUUCCCGGACCGCAUCGACGAUCUGUACCUAGGGAACCCCAUGGACCCACCAGAUGUCUUGGGGUUGGACCUCAAUGCUGCCCGGCCUACUCAGCUACCAGGACGACCAAAAAAGGAGGCACCUACUCGUCCCCCCCAGCCGUUGGUGCUUGUCAAGAAGCCGUGCUACGACUCGGUGACUGAGGACGAGGAGCUGACCGCCUCAGGCCUCAAGGGGCUGUCGCUACUGAAAGCGGGCUCCAUCAAAGGCCUCAAGCUGAAACCCGCCACAUGUGUCUCCGCCUCCAAACAGGGGGGCCGUACUAUGGGCUCAGGCCACACCCCCAGUGAUGUGUCACUCAUCGACUUUGGGGAGGAGGUUCCCCCGGCCGCAUCCUCCCCCUCCCCGGUGGUGGAGCUCCAGGUGCCCUCGUUGGCCAAGCUGGCCCUGGACGCAGAGUUUAUUCUGGAUCGUACUCCUACCCAGAGCCCGUGGCGCUCGCUGCCCCGCCCCUUACACCCCACGCCAGUGGUGGACUGGGACGCCCGGCCCCUACCUCCACCUCCUGCGUACGAUGAUGUGGCGCAGGACGAGGAGGACAUGGAGGUGAGCUCCAUCAACUGCCUGAAUCAGCAGCAGGCGGGGAUGGGUGAGAGCCACAGCCCCACAGAGACCUUGCCGGCUGGUGAGGAGAAGGCCAUGGCCGGUGCAGCCGACAAACCUCUGGAGGACAACCUCUUCCUGCCCUCUAAGCAGGGCCUGGCCUCCACAUCCUUCUCUCAGUCAGCUGAGAUCUUUCAGGAGCUCCAGCAGGAGUGCAUGAGGAGGCUCAAUGUGCCCACGGGAGGAGGUCCCCAGCCCCCCUUGCUGUCCCCAAUCUCCGGCCUCCAGUCAAUGGACGUCCACCGCCAGAUCAUCUUGUUCUUCUCUGAGGACAAGCCCCAGAUCCCUCCACGCAUACCCAUCCCGCCUCGCCCUGUCAAACGGGGGGACUACACCCGCUGGUCCGGUGACCUCUCCCUGUCCCUGACUCCAGCUUCUGAGGAAGUCCAGGACCGCCCCCCUCAGAUCCCCCCGCGGGACCCCCUGUCCCAGCCGGGCUCGCGCACCCCCAGUCCCAUGGGCCAACAGGUGGGCUCCCCCCAGCAAAGGACAAUGGUUUUCCCCAGUGCCCCUCCUCCGCCCACAUACGGAUCCUACCUCUCCACGUCCCCGGGGAAACUCAUGCCCACCACACAUAGCUUUGCCUUGGACCCCAAAUAUGCCGCACCCAAGGUCAUCCAAGCACAAGCCCAGGGUAAGGACCUGACCAAGGGGCCCUGCAUCCUGCCCAUUGUCCGCGACGGCCGCAAAAUCAGCAACACGCACUACUACCUCCUGCCCGAGAGGCCGCCUUACCUGGACCGCUACGACCGCUUCUUCAGGGAAGCGGAAAAUGUGCCGACUGGUGGCAGCGGUGGGAUAUGCGAGGAGAGGCGGCAGGCCAACACGGCCACAGUCAGGCCCAUGAUGGUGAACCAGCAGCCGCAGAACCAGGGGGGAGACCUCAAGCCCAACUUUUCCUCCAACAACAACACUAGCCUGGGCUUUCGGCUGGGCAUGAAGUCCUCUCUCAGCCUGCCCAGGGUCAGCUCUGACGGGUCAGCCGGCAGGGCAGAGGGGGGAACCACAGCAGACGGGGUCAAGAUGGUGCAGGAGGCGGUCCAUGGCGUGACUAUAGAGGAGUGUCACACAGCCCUCCAGAACCACAACUGGAACGUGCAGAAAGCUGUGCACUACCUCAAGGUUGAGCAGCUUUUCUGUCUUGGCCUGAAGACCAGGACGGAGUGUCUCAAGGUGCUGGAGAUGCAUGACUGGAACCUGGAGGUGGCCAGCACUCAGCUCCUGGACUCCUACGGCUCCGUCCGGCAAAGGCGGUGACCGAUGUCACAAGGAGCAACGGCUGAGUCCGUUCAGAACUCUUUUCAUUCAUCAGCGGUCUUUGAAGGGGCGGAGUCUGCUCCCGUCUCUCCAUUACGAUUUGCCAGAUGCAUCCAAUAUGCAGUCUUGCCCACACUGAGGACCUGGAAGCUAACCCGCACUAACCCCGAAUAGGAGCGGAAGUCUGCUUAGAAUGCAAGGAGUGGAACCAUACUCUUGAAGGGACCAUGUUGUCUGCUGGUCCCUUACCUAUAGCUCAGCACUGAAGGAAAAAUGUCCUCUUUCGGUGCUGGUCUACCCAAUUCAGUUAUAUCACUGCCACAAUAGACCAACCUAGAUUACCCCUUUGUGUUAUUACUAACUUAUAUGAAUCAGGGUCGUAUUGCAUCCCUUUGAAAAUCAACAGAAACGGCAGUACCAUAGUAAAAGAGUAGACCUCUCCUCUGCCAAAGCACUCCCCUACACCCCUACUGUAUGUGUGCUGUGUUAGGCCCCUCAGUUUGGAUAGGGACUUUGUUUUCGGGUUGUCAGCAUCUUUCUGCUGCAAUGCCCGCCUUCCCAGGCCUCCCAAGGUGCUCUACUGCGUUUCAGCAGAGGUCAAAGUUCAAAAAGCGCACCUGGAAGGAGGGAACGAACAUUAAAGAGAACUAAACAAUAUGCAUCUGGUCCACGUUUAAGUGGACUCCUUCUUUUAUGUUCUGUUCUACAGAGUUCUAUUUGAUUUAUAUUAAGGAGAGGAAUUACUUUUUUAUGCACACAUACAGUAUAUUAUAUA